AUGCUUCUCUCAAGUGAUUUGGUCAAGGAUUCAUUAAGGAACAAGGGUGAUCCAUCAGUCUGUUACAAUACAAAUGUCAAACCAUUUAAUACUAGCAAUUUCAAAAACCAAUGUCAAGAUCCCGUUGGUGCUACUGCAAGGGCAGCUAUGAAUGCUACUACUUUAGCUGAUCAAACAAGGGGAAGACAUUAUCAAAUUCCCAACAGGUUCAAAUUUCGAAAGAAUAUUCCAUUCACUAGAUCUAUUUCAUUGCAGAUGCCAGCAUCGAAUCCCAAUAUUCCACGACGAGAUCAUCCACUGAAGAGGCAAUCCUCCGCUUUUUUUUCUCCCUUGAGUUCUGAGGACUGUAACACGGAUUCGUUACCUCUGAAUCAAAGUAAAAGGCAUAGUAUAUCUGUAUUGAUGGAUAUGUAUGACUCUAACCAUAAAUAUCCAGAGAAAGGUACUAGAUUCACCAACCCAUACGAUGAAACUAAAGUCCCGCAGACAAUGACCCCUUCUAUGAGAGCCUACAUAUUUGAUUCCACAAUUUCUAACAAGCCAUUUCCGUAUAAACUCUCACCGUCACUCUCGCUUAUAGAUCAAGGGAGUUCCAAAAUAACCAAGAAAUCUGAAAGAAGCUCUAAUUCGCAGAAUCCUAUAGUCAUCACCAAUGGUGUAAUGCUCAAGGACAUUGGGCAAAACAUAGAGCAUAGAAAGUCCAUACUGAUUUCCGGUGUUGAAGAAUCUAAUAAUCCAGCAUUUGCAUCGUCAGUUUCGAAGAUCAACUAUUAUCAAGGCUCGGUGCCGCAUGAUACUUUAAUUGCGCAGGUUGGUCACCAAAAUGGCGUAGACUCUACCAAAGAGCACUCCUCUGGAACUGAUAAUUUAUCCUUGAAUGUUCCACUUACCCACAGAACCGGGACCGAUGAAUCCUCGAUGUCGUUAGCUUUAUCUGCUGCAGACUCGGUUUCAAGUGAUGCCGAAAGCGAUGAUGAUGAAAGAGAGAUCAAUAUUAUUGGUGACGAUGAAUUGACUCUGGAUCUUCAUAUUAAUCGCGGUGUUUCGGUAAGCUCGGCUACAGACGUUGAGCCUGUGCCAAUGCGAACUCAACAACGUCAACUAGCUAUCAAGGAUAUGAUAGAUACGAAUCGAGAUGCCGGUGAUGCCUGGCUCAGAUAUGCUACCGCUGAUGAUUCAAGCAGCCAAGGCAAAGAGUCUGUGCUAGAAGAUUCCAUUGAAUCUCUUGUCCAAGAAUCAAAAGAGUAUUCCCUAAGCGUUAAGAACUCCCAACUCCUCGCAAUCUGGUCAAAAGUAGGUAUUACUAGAAGAAAUAUUUACGAAGAAAUCACUAAGAAUCUUCGGAAUAUGGUUAUGUUCAGCAAAAUGCCAGUGAUGGAGGCAAUUGAACGAUAUUCGAAAUCUACAUUAGGAGAGAGAAAAAAUCUAGGGACCGUCACUAAUACAGGUCAGAAUCUCUCAUCAAGAUAUCUUGGGGCUGAAGGAGAAUUCUCGUUGGUUGCUGGUUCCCAACUGAGCAGGGAGCUGUGGUGUUCCGCCAACGAACAAUUCAAAUUUGAUAGAUAG